UUAGCACACUUUUAGUUUCACGAAAAUGCCAUCUUCAUGGAACGUUUGACCACCUGCCAUUGCAGUUAGUUAGUUAGUUAGUUAGACUGAAUACCACGUUAAUUCAAUAUCUAUUUAUUGCUAAAGUGAAUUUCUUCAACAGCGUCGCUUUUCUUUCUUAUUUCAAACAAGAACACUUGUCAAUGGAGUUAAAACAAAACUGAUUUUGAUUUAGUACACAUAUAUUCACACAAAUAUUGUCUAUUCUCAUGAUUGUUCAAAAUUAUUUACAAAAUGCUGUUAUGCAAAAAACAUUUUUUUUAUUAAUGUCUUUAACAUUCCUUAUCCUGUGCCUUUUACACAUCAAUAGUUACAUUUGUGUAAAUGCAUGGCUUAUGUUUACUCCAUUUUGGUUAUGGAAUAUUCUUGUGUUUUUAGGUUCACUCAUUUUAUUACUACUUAACUCUCUCAAAUUAACUAAAUUCUCUUUAUUCUAUUAUCUUUGUCAAAUUUUAUUAUUUACAUUUCAAAUAAUUUUGUGUAUUAAACUGGAAAAAAAUAUUUUGGACUGGUGUGUAGUUUUUAUACCAAUUUAUUGUUUAUGCCUUUUGGGAUUUUUAACAUUUACGAAACAGUUUUGCGAGUUAACUGUUCACGACUGCGAAAAAUUUCUCGCAUUGAAUCUUCCGUGUGUCAUUCUAAUUGCUUUACGUUUAGAUAAUUAUAUUAAUUGGACAUGGGUUACAGUGUUAAUACCAUUUUGGAUUAUAAUUGGAUUUCUAAUUGUAUUGUUAUUAUUUUUAGUUUGUAUGCUAUGCGGAUUAAGUCGUUUCACUCAGAAAGAUCUCCACGAUAUUAUUUCAACAACUGGAUACACAUUAAUUGCAUCUAUCUUUCUUAUAUUCGUUGUUCUUUUAGUUUGCCGUUUAGACAACAUUAAACUGUUCACAUAUAAUGAAAUAUUUUUACCAUUAAUUAUUUGUGUUAUCUUUAUGUUGAUUUUGACGAUUUUGACAAAUUGGUUAGUUCAUAAAUUUAGUGGAAAUCUCCAUCAUCAUACUAGGGGAAAUCGUUUAAUGGAAUAUGCUUCUGGAUCUCGGUUAUCAGUAAAUAAUUCAUUGAACCACAUUCAAGGAGGAAAUACACUUGUUACUGAUAAAAAUGUUUCACAUAUCAUGUCUUCAGAAGUUCGUCAUGAUCCAACAAAAAAGGUUGCUUCUGGACCGCUUGAGGAUAGUGUCAAACCAUCACUCAAUACAGAAGCUGCUUGCAGUAAUUUACAAGAAAAAGAAAAGCAUUUACUUUAUUUGAAUAAACUAAACCAAUCUAUGAUUACAGAGAACUCUAUAUCACUUCCGGAUUAAAGUUAAUACAUCUAGCGAUGAUCUCGUAUUACUUUGACAUUUAAUAUUCUUCUUUUUGAAUCCAAUUAAAUAAUGUUCAUUUAAUAAUCGUGAUUACAGAGGACAAUUUUAUUUCUCUUUAAUAUUUAAAACAUAUUUUAAUUCUUUUUCUUUGUAUAAGUGCAUCACAAUGAAUUUGCCAAAUUUGUAUUCAGACUAAUAAAUUUUGUGCAAUUUUCCGACCUUCCAUAUCUGUGAAAAAUGUGAUAAGUUCUGAUUUCGAUAAUCGUCAUUUGGAAGUGAUACCAUUUUGAAAUAAAUCCCGAAAAGAGUUUUUUAAAAAUUGA